AUUUACAAGUCAUCCAAGGGUAAAAUUAGUCACCAAAGAAACUGAAGAAAUCAAAUGGACUUUGAAUAUUGUUUCACCUGUACAUUUUCCCAAGUGGAGAGAAAGGCAGCAUUUUGAAACAUGAAGACGGUGAUUCUACUGCUUUAUCUUCUAGGAUCAACUCAGUCAUUACCAACACAGCUCAACCUUGCUUCGGGACUUCCUCCAGCAAAGCUGGCUCCAGAUCAGGCAACUCUUCUAACCCAACAGCAGCUAAAUCAGAUCUUCCCCUCUUUAAAUCUAAUACCACUGACACAGAUGCUCACACUGGGGUCAGAUCUGCAGCUGCUACAUCCUUCUGCAGUACUAGCACCUGGUACCCAGACCAUCCCACUGACCCUGGGUGGACUGAACACACAACAGCAACUGCAACCCCAAAUGUUGCCAGUUAUUGUAGCACACCUUGGAGCCCACGGUGCUGUCUUAAGCUCAGAGGAAUUGCCAAUGGCCCCACAAAUCUUCACAGGCCUCAUUUUCCAGCCCCUCUUCCCUGGAUCCAUCCUGCCGAACAGUCCAGCUAAUCCAGAUGCGCAGAAUGGAAUCCUUCCUGCAGGGCAAGCAGGAGUGAACCCUGACAUCCAGGGAACCCCAGAGGGCUUCUCUCCAACUCCUAGUGACAAGGAUGAUGACUUUGAAGUGACAGCCCCUGCGGGCAUCCGAAGAGGCUUGCACACUACCCAGGAAACCACCACAGGGCCGCCAAAUGGAAAUCAGUAAGCUGGUUCAAUUUUUUUCAACUAAGCCGCCUCAAAUGUGGUGAUGCAUGCGAGUCUUUUUCACUGAUCAUAUCCUGGAAUCGAUACUGAGACACACUAGA